GUCGAAGCGACUUGCUGUAUUCUUCUACCAUGGGUUUAUCGAUGGCGCGCAACGCGUUCAAUUUUCUUUACCUUUUACCUAAAUAAAAUCGUCAAGAAAUUUUCCUAUGGCAACCUUACUUUACCAAUUGGAGUUUGUUUUAUAUUGGCAACCUUGUUUUGAAGUCAGCUGUUUGCCUCCACGUUUGUUUUUGUUUUCUUUCGAAACCGCUCUCUCUUCUCAAUUGUGCAAUAAAAACUAUAUUAAUUAAAUAUUACCGCUAAAUGUCGGACAGCGAACAGCCAGUAAAAAAGCAAAAGAUGACUGCGGAAACAGAAGCUACAAAUGGAGAGCCCCCAAAAGAUGUGCCACAAAGCGUUCCCGCAGAGAAGACAUGUAAACACUGGGUUCAACGCAAGAAACGUUUUUGUAAAAUGACAGUGGCCAAGGGUAAGGACUACUGUGGAGAACAUGCUCCUGCUGUACAAUUGGAAGAUGGACAAUCGCCAGAAGAUCAAGAUCGAAUACCCUGCCCCUUGGAUGGUAAACAUACCGUCUAUAAGAAGAAUUUAAAGAAACAUUUAAAAAUUUGCAAUGCCAAGCCAAAGGAGGAUUUACCAGAGUAUAUACAAAAGAAUGUCAAUGCUGGAGAGGCCGAAGAUGCCCUAACAUCAGACGAAUUUAAUUCCAUUAAAUUAUCCGAACUGGAAGAUUCAGAAUUCUACAAAGUUAUAGAUAUAGUGAAGGAACUCUAUGGCAAAUAUGUUGACGCUCAAAUACACUCAUUGGAUUAUCAUCACAAAUGUAUGGACGAGGAGUUAGCCAAGGAGGAGUAUGGUAAAGAGUCUCGCAAACAUUUGCUACAAGCUGCUGCUCUGUUGGGUAUACUUGACAACGAGCAGACCAUUCAAAACUCCACCAGUUUUGUGGAGUUUGGUGCAGGCAAGGGCCAAUUGGCAUUUUACCUUUCAAAGUUAUUGGAAAAUAUGCAAAACUCUCAAGUGGUAUUAGUGGAUCGCAUGUCUUUGAGACACAAAAAGGACAAUAAGAUUGAGGAUCGCUCUUUGGUUCAGAGAAUACGUGCAGAUAUUGUUGAUUUCAAACUGGAAAAAUUACCCGCCCUAGAAAAUUCUCAACAUUGCGUGGCUGUAUCAAAGCAUUUAUGUGGUGGUGCCACCGAUCUGUCAUUAAGAUGCAUUAUUCAGGCAGCAGCUCAGAAGUGCUUGACUGAUUUAAUUAUGAUCGCCGUGUGUUGUCAUCAUCGUUGUGAUUGGUCAUCCUUUGUGGGCAAAGAGUUCUUCAAGAGACACGAAGUAACACCGCGACAAUUUGCCAUUAUCACCAAAAUGGUUAGUUGGGCUAUUUGUGGUACUGGCAAGAGCCGUGAAAGGCGUAAGGCGCUGGAGGAACAAAACUUGUCCGAGCAAGAGAUAAAAGAAAUUCAAUCUAAUCAACGUUUAUCCCUCGCAGAACGCGAGAUAAUCGGGUUUAUGUGCAAACGGAUUUUGGAUUAUGCUCGUUUGGAAUAUCUGAGACAACAUGACUAUGAUGCCAAUUUAUAUUAUUACGUUGAGAAAGAUGUUACGCUGGAAAAUGUAGUUCUAUUGGCAAGACGAAGGAGUGGCAGUACUGACAAAUAAUAAAAAGAAUUAAAA